GGAGAGACUUAGAUAUCAGGCUGCAAGGCUCUUUCCCUUCCGGUUUCUUCGCCCUUUCUCUGUGCGCUGGUUUCGACUUAGGCUGUGUAGUGUGGAGAAGGGGCGGAAUCCCUCCUCCCUUCUGCUCCUACUGGGCGGGUCCACUUCGUGCUCGGCAGGAUUUCUCGGGUCCGAAGUGUCAACUUUAGGCCUGGUGAAACUUGGUGUCCCCAUGGCCCCGCUCGGAGCCUCCCCGCGUCUGGUGCUGUUGUUUAGCGGGAAGAGAAAAUCUGGGAAGGACUUCGUGACCGAGAGGCUGCAGAGCAGACUUGGAGGUAACAUCUGUGCUGUCCUGCGGCUCUCUGGUCCACUCAAGGAGCAGUAUGCUCGGGAACAUGGCUUGGACUUCCAGAGACUUCUGGACUCGAGCACCUAUAAGGAGACCUAUCGGAGGGACAUGAUCUGUUGGGGGGAGGAGAAGCGCCAGGCUGACCCAGGCUUCUUCUGCCGGAAGAUUGUGGAAGGCGUGUCCCAGCCUAUCUGGCUGGUGAGUGACACACGGAGGGUGUCUGACAUCCAGUGGUUUCAGGAGGCCUAUGGGGCUGCGACACACACAGUCCGAGUAGUAGCCUCGGAGCAGAGUCGACAGCAACGGGGCUGGGUGUUCACACCAGGGGUGGAUGAUGCUGAGUCAGAAUGUGGCCUGGACAACUUUGGGAACUUUGACUGGGUCAUUGAGAACCACGGGGAUGAGCAGUGCCUGGAGAAUCAGUUGGAGAACCUGCUGGAAUUUAUUCAAGCCAAACUUUAGUGAUGAGGCUUGAGGGGUGAGCAGAGACUGAUGGAGUAGGCUAGCAGUGGUUCUGCCAGAUGUGGGUCCCCAGCCCGGCUGAGGUCAGAAAACAGACAGAUGGUCUGGCUUUCAAUUUCCAGAGGUAUGGGGCAGAUGCUCGUGGAUAGUGGGCAAAUACAGAAACCUCUGGUGUGUGUGUGUCUUCCCUGGAGAGGAUGUGCUGCCUCUUUAGGGCCCAUACAGGGCAAAUGCAGGUGCAUGAGUUUUGCCCAAGGCAGGAACAUUGCCAUGCCCCUGAUGGGCAGCCCUGUAGAGCUAUGGUGUUGUUGCUUCCCUGUGUGUAAGCUCUCAGCCCUGGAAUCUUAAUAAACCUCCUUGGAGCACAGCUUA